GCAUGUACGCCGUAGCAGUGGACUUGUACACAUCCCACGCUCUCUGCGGCAUUUCGCCGAGCACCCGCCAUGCACUCCCUUCGGCGCGCCCUUCGCCUCCCCGCCCCUUCCACCUACCCCGCCGCCGCCGCCGCCUCCUCCUGCCUCCGCGCUUUCUCCUCCCACCGCCGCGCGCCGCCGCCGCCGCCCCGUUCCGCGGCCACCGGCGACGACGAGUGGAACGACGCGUGGGAGACCGCAUGGCUUCCGGGCGACUCCCCCGCCUCCUCCCCAGCGCCCGCCGCGCCGUGGGAGUCCCCCACCUCGGCCUCGGCGCCCGCCGUCCCGGCCGUCUCCGCCGAGGUGGACCCGGACACGAAGGCCUUCGUGGCGGACAUGGACGAGCGCUGGGCCGAGCGCCGCGCCGCGUCGAGGCGGGGCCCGCCGACGCGCGUCCCUCGCGCGGCGGAAGGCGGGGAGGGCGGCACCGCGGCGAAGAAGAAGGCGCGGGCGGACGAGUACAGGACCAGGAAGCAGCGCGUGCACGCCGCGCUGUGGGUGAAGGAGAUCGAGAAGAUGGAGGAGGCGCGCCUCGGCGGCGGAGGCGUCGGCGCUGACGACAUCGACCGGCUCCUCGACUCGUGCUCUGAUAUCUUUGAUUCCGGCAAUGCUGAUUUUGGUGAUUCCAAGAUCCCAAGCACUACUGAGAUCAAAACCAAGCCUGACGGUUGGGAAACUACCACAAGAGGUCAGGAUGGCAAUAUAUGGGAGAUCUCACAGCGAGAAGAGGACAUUCUUCUCCAGGAAUUCGAAAGGAGAAUGGCUUUCAGUAAACAGCAGAUUGCUAGCUUCAUCAAAACCCACAUUUUCAGUCGGAGGCGUCCUAUCGAUGGCUGGAAGUACAUGAUUGAAGAGAUUGGCCCAAACGCAAGAAAAGGAAAGGGGAGCGUCCAAAGGCUACCAAGUGUGACUGAUCCUGCAACCCAGUCAUACAUAGAAGACACUCCUGCGAUUGCCUCAAAUUCCUCCUUCAGAGGAAAUCGGCCACAGUGAUAUGCAGUAAAAUCACCCCCUUGCCUAAUUUCAUUGGUAUAGUGCAAACAAGCUUGGGCUUUUUUUUUUAAUCUUAAAAUGUAUGGUGGAUAAUUCCUUGUUGAUAGCUGAGAACAGGCUGAAUGUGAUCCUUUCCAAUUAACCAGCAAUCGAAGCGUCUAAGCUUAUAACUCUA